CUGAAGAGAAACAAGACUGAAACAGGGCUGCAGGGAGUGACUGGAGAAUGGUUUGAAGAAAUACAAAGGAAAAAAUUUCAGAAUUACAUUGAUGUCAAUAGAAUGCUAAAACCACCAUUAGAGCAUCAGCUAAGGAAGAGCAAAAUCCCCAGUCAUAAAGAACUUAAAAUGUCAUCCUGCGCAAAUCCUCAAGAACAAAAGAACACUUCAUCUUCCUUUCUUGGGUUCAGAUCACCUUUUGCUUGGCUUUUUUCCUUUAGAAAAUCAAGGAAAAACCAGACUCAGAAGGAACCACGAUAUGACAGUUGUGCUCGCCCAUCAUCGAAAGUGGAAGAAAUGGCAACGGCUGAAAUAUGUAAUUCCCCAAUGUCAACUGAAACAAGUGGUCAGUGUUUUGAUGCAAACCAAAGUGAAAUGAUGGAGAAGACUACACAGGAGUGGAAUGAACAGCUAGAGAAGGAGUUUUUCAGUGUUCUAAAUGAUCUGGAUGACCAGCUGGCCCAGGAACAAGCCCAAGACCUAUUGGACAGGACAGUAUCUACCAGCAGUGCAUCAAAUGUCCAAUACAGUAGUGCAUUCCCCACUUCAAAGAGGCUGACUGCUAGAAGGGGGCAACACAGAAAUGACUGGAGUGACAUGCCUAGCACAUUUUUCCCAGAUGGACUGAGAACAAUAAGAGCCAAAGAUGAACACAGGAUUUUCAUCAGACCAAGGAAAUUACACAAUGCUUAUAUAAACUGGCAUCAAACAGCCUUUCAAGAUGAGUACAAAUAUAGUGAUCCUGUUGAUGGAAAUCCUCAUCUGCUCAGCAACAGACUGUCUUCUGCUUCUUUUGGACGGUCUUCAGAAGGUAGCUUAUAUCCUCCUUCCAUAACGCAGAACAGUGGAUUUAGGCACAAGAGGUGUAUGAACAGGAAUACAGCUGGCAGAAGCUACUCUGUAUGUUCCCUUCAGAGAUGUCCAUCAUCAGGAUCUUCUGACCAGCUGUCAGCAUCUAGCUUACAGCAUUCGCUGACAAGGGAGAGCAUCAAUGGUUUUGUACCAAGGUUUGGUCGUCAGAACCCAAAGAGAAUUCCUCUGUCUUCUAUUGUAUGGAACAACACACCGGACACUCCUGGACAAACGCCAACUCAAGAAAAAAUGUUUAGAACCCAAUCACUGAUGGAGUUUCGUGCUACAGACCAUGGUAGAUAUCCUAGCUCUUUGCAAGAAACCAAGCAAUAUGCGUGUUUCCACUCAAAACACCACUACAGAAGGUCUGUUUCAAGCAGUAGUUGCUUUAGUAGGGUUAGUUGCCCAGACAAAGCUGCUUCUCCGUUGCCCUUUGAUAACUGGGAAAAUUAUCCAUUGUACAAAUCAGAAAACAGUCUCUCUAGAUCCUACUACAGAGAUACUUCUCAUGGCAAGUUGUAUGCAAACCAAAACAAUUCUCUGUAUGGAAAAAAAGACAGCUAUCCUUCUUGGGCUGAUAUUCCUCAGUACUACAGUGACGAAGUGUUUAUUUCCCCUGAUGCCAGCUUGGAAGUGAUUAUGGCCAAUUUAAAUGAUCAGCAGUGGGCACAUACAAAGAAUGCCAAGUUUGUUUCACAGCGCCUGCAAAACGAUUUUCAUGUGUAUUCUCCAGAAAAUACAAACAUCAAAAGGAUAACAAGAAGUGCAAGUAGAACUUUUUCGGAAUUCACCGAGGGCUGUCAGCCUUGGCUAAGUUGUAACUCUUCAGUGUCUUCAUCUAGCGCCAGAACUGAUGAGUCGGUCUUUCCUAAUUCGAAGGACCAAACAAAAGCUAUAGGACUGAACAGGAAUUCAGUCAGUGUUACCCAAAGAAGUACUAAGGCAGACUUUACACAAGUAGAAAGGGUUGAAGGUGUGAAACUGCCGGAUGAAGACAUGCAGUCCCUUUCUCAACAAGCAGAUACAAACUACGUCAACACCCAGAGCUUCCCCUCUAACAGCCCUGCUUCUGCCAUGUUGCAAAGCGAUGCAUCUCUCUUUAACACGAUGAGACCAAAGAGGCAAACCCAAGUCACUGCCAGAGGAGAUGCUGCAAAAAUGUAUACAUCAAGCAGUGAUAAAAGAAAUGUACAGAUGAAGGAAAACGAUUGCCCCCCCAACGGUGUGUUCAGUCAGCCUCCCUGUAUUUCACCAGCUGAUGGGAGCAGGAAAGAAACUUCUUUUCCAAGUUGGAAAGAAUGGAAUCAUACUCUUUAUGCAGCAAAAAGAGAGAACAUCAAACAGGAUGAUCGAAGUGUACAAGCCGUUAACCAACCUCCUCCAAAGAGACAGUCCGCACUGCUGAAUGUUGCCUCUGCUCCAGCCACUGAAAAAUUAACAAACUGCCAAGGCACGUUGUCCUGUCCUCCUGAACGUUCAUCUAGCUCCUCGCAAAGCUCUCCACAAGCACUUUCUCAUAAAGACAAUUCUAAGUGUUUAGGAACAGUAACAGGCUCUUCGGUAAACUGCACAGUUACUGAAGCUCAAGCAGAAGGUGGAAAAACAGCUCAAGUGAGCAGAAUAGGUUUCACCAAAAAGAUUUCACAGAAGACGCUGCAAAAUACAAGCACUUUAGUUACUAAGGACUGUAACAGACAAUGCACUACUAGUUCUCCACCAAAUGGGAAUUCUGGAAAUAUCUGUAUGCAUGGCUUUGAUGGAGACCCCAAGACCUCUGAACAUAGUUUAAGUUAUUUUUGCCUUGAAAAAGAAAGAGAAAAAAUAAGGAGUAAUUCACCUCGUAUUGAAAGGCUUCACAAGCAAGACAGCUUGCUGAGACAUACCAGUAGCUGCAGCGUUACUGGCUCCCCAGGCAGAAACAGCCUCAAAUCUCCUGACCCACUCGUUAUUUAUUACACUUUGCCUAGAAAAUCAGCUAGCAUUGCUGGCAGUAUUAUGUCAGACACCCCCAUCUCUUUACCUAGAGAAAGUAGAACAAUGUGUGGUGGUUUAAGGUCUGAAACUCCACACAGAGCUGAUGCCUUUUGUUCUAAUCAGAGAGAUGUGUCUGAUAUAGACUCAAAACAUUCCUUUUUAGCGUCAGGGUCAUUAAAUGCUGCUACAAAUAACAAAGAUUACCCCAGCCCUUUAACUGAAAGUCCUAAUGAUUCAGUAAGUAGUAGUACCUCAGUUGAACUGAGAGACAGCUGUAAGCAUCUGAGCAGAACAGAGUCCUCUGUGUUUUCAGACAGUAAGGAGAGGGGAAAUUUUUUGCAGAAAUACAAAACUACAAGCACAUUUACAGUUUGUGUUGAUGAAGAUCACAUCAAGUAUCAUGAACUAGUUUCAAUUUAUUACACGUUACCACGGAGACAUUCAAGAACAUUUUGUAACCUCUUUAGAGAUAAUCCAGAGGAUGCAGAUUUACCUUGUCCCAAAGAAAAUGCUCAGUCACCAAGAGUACGAAACAAGAAAAAUGAAGGUCAUGUGAGUUUAGCAAAUGAGGUUUUCCCCAGUACUCUGGAAAAAGAGGUGCCUUCAAAUUCCUCUGACCUAGUGCCUCCAGCUCUGGUCACACCUCAGAACUCAGGAACUGGUGUUGAUAGUGAAAAAGAGAAUUCCCACUUACCUCCUAGCUCUGAGAAGAUGCGUACUUCAGAGUCGGUGAGUGUGGUACAUAACGGGAAAGAUAGAUCAGCAGGGCUCUCAUUAGCAGAAAAUGUGCUUUCUGACAUGGUGGCAAAAGGUGGUCCACAAUCUUUUGGUGGUCCACAAUGCACUGCAUUAGUGGCUAAGUCAGAUAAGGCCAUUUCUGAUGCUUCAAGGAGUCAAAAUACAGAAAUAUGUCUAAAAGAGAAGAAGGAAAUUUUACAAACAGCCACACCACUAAUGUCCACUUUAUCAACCCCUCCCAAGCCAGGCAGAGGUUCCGAGAACCCUUCAACUGCAACAAAUAAAAACAUACAGAAGGGAAAUUCUGAAAACAUCUGUAAGGUCCCUAAAGCGAAUACCAAUAAAAACCUGAACAGUUUACUCUCCCACCCAGGACAGAAGCGUUUCCUUGGAAGGAACAGUAACACAAAGCGUGCUGACGUGCCACUUCCUUCUGCGGAAGACACGUACAGGGAUAGUACCCAAGUCAAACAGAAAGUAAAUUUCCUACAACGAAACACCUCUCUGUAUAAUAAUAAAUGUAAUGGACUGCUGUUGAGGGCUGACAGUUCAAGAAAAAAUGCAAAUGAUUUAAACUCUUGUAGCAAAGUGCUUUCAGAGUCUCAGAACAAAGCAUCUGAGGUAAGCACAGCUCCCAGUGCUGAUCCAUUACUCCAGCUAGACAAAGUGGUUAGCACAGAGACAGAUGAAUUAAAUAAUUCAGAAAUUAAAAAAGAGAAAACCUCACAGAGUUCUCAGGUGGGUAAAGAUCAUAAUCAUUUGCACGAAUCAGAGAGGCACAGUGAAGGCAGCCUGACCAUUAACUGCAAAGAUAAACUCUUCAGAGUUACAGGCGAUCAGAAGAUAGCACGGAGUGCAGAAGACGAGAACAAGCUUCUCUCUGACUGCAUGAGAGACAAGGUCAAAGAUAUAGAAAAAAGAAAAAACAGACCUUCUAUUAAAAAUAAACUGGCAGCUGUUUACAAAACUAGUCGAAAAUUUUCAAGAAAAAAUUUACCCCCUAAGCCGCACAUCAGUAACAUUUUUUCACAGAAUGAUGUAAGUGCCACUUCUCCACAGGUCGACAUGUCCCUUGACUCACUGACUUCAGCGGAUUCCCAUCAGCCAUUCUUGCAGUUGGACAAUGGAAAUCAGAAUCACAAUCUGGGCCCUGAUAAGAAUACACCAAGACCAAGAACAGCUGAGAAUAAGAAGACUGAAAAUCAGAAUGAUCCUUCUUUGCUUGUUAAUAACACCAAUUGGAGGUCUUUUACAAGCUUGUACACUCAGAAGGAAGCCAUCAGUCCCAAAAAAUCUACAGUGAAAGUGGAAAAUAGGCCCAGUCUUACAACCCUAUUUCCAGAUAAAGCAGCGAGCACAAGAAACAAGAAUUCCCAAACACUUGAUCGGAAGUUAGAAAACAGAAGCCAGCCCGUCUCUCCCAGCGCUACUACAUCAGACCCUCUGGGUGGUGACAAAAAAAGAGCUAGCAGUCGUGCCUGCAGUCCUCCCUUGCCGCUUUUAGCCGACAAAAACUCAAACAUGUACGUAAAUAGCUGCUUGCGGGCAGACAGGUGUCCAGAGCAAAAUGGCACUUCCCAGCCAGCGCUUGGUCAGUGUCAGAACACCCCUCCAUCUGAUAGCCUAAAAAACGCUAACUUGCGAAGCUCUCAGUUGUGCAAGAGUCACGCCAAAAGUCAGCGUGAGCGUCACCUUUCUGAGAGUCUUUGUGCUCGAGAUUCCCAUGAGACCUUUGCCUCUGGAAGCAAUAUUUUACCAAAAGAUGGUAUACAUGGGAAGAGAUUUAAAUCUUACUCGGAGCUGUUGUCCUGUGAUGAAAACGAAAACUGGGCAUCAGAUGGUGAAAAAUGUUACAGCACUGGAAAUUUCAUGUAUCCUUCUGUUGAAUUUGGUAUAUUUGGCAAAGAACAACAGUUGGCUUUCCUGGAAAAUAUCAAAAGGUCACUCACAGAAGGGCGAUUAUGGAGACCUUGUCUUCUUAAUAACCCUGGUGCUCUCAGAGAUGGGGAGACCCAGGCUGUAAACAGGGCUGAGCUUUUGAGCUCAGGUUCUGCCGGGAGCAUGAUGUCAUCCGCUGCUUCAUCCCCCGGAGAGCCGACUGAUAUCUAUCGGGAAGACCCAGCAGCUUAUUCGGACUCAGACAGUGAUACGACCACCGAUGAUGAAUACUACCUAGAUGAGAUAGAUAAAGAAUCAGAGCUAUGA